AUGCAUCGAUUGGUGGUGUUGCUUGCCAUAUUCCUGAACGUGUGCUACUGCGCAAAAAUUCUCAUCUAUUGCCCAUCAAUCAGCCAGAGUCAUGUAUUAUUAUGCGGCAAAUAUGCUGACGUGCUGCACAAUGACGGACACGAUACGGUCCUAUUCAUACCUUCCUAUAUUCCAUCGCUCGAUACAUUCGAUGGCGCAAAACAAGCGAAAGUCUGGAGACUCAAAAAUAUUAGCAAUUUCUUUGAGACACUUGGAGAAACAUGGCAAGAUUGGUUAGAAAAUACCAAUGAUGUUGGAUUCUUCGGUCGGAUGAAUAUGGAGUAUAUAUGGUGGAUACCAAUGUGCAAAACAAUGGUCGACAUGCUGCCAAGAAUGAAGCACAUCACGGACUAUAAUUUCGAUCUGGCCAUCAUCAAGGAUGUGGAUUACUGCGAUAUCGCAAUAGUUAGGUCCCUUGGCAUCCGCAAAUACGCUCUAUUGUCGUCCGAGCCCCUAAUGGAUAAGAUUGUUUGGGAUUUGGGCAUUCACAACCCUCCGUCAUAUGUGCCGUCUAUUGAAGAGAACGCGCUGGAUGAUAGAAUGAGCUUCUGGCAACGACUUACUAAUUCGUACAAGCGAUUCCAAUCAAUUGUGUUGCAUUAUAUAGUUAAUAAAUGGAUCGUUGAGAUAUUUCGCGAAAAAGUUGAUCCAAAUUUUCCUUCAACGAUUGACCUAAUGAGAAAUUGUUCAAUAGUAUUGGUGAAUACUAAUGAAAUGUUUGAUCUACCAAGACCAAUUUCACCAAAAGUCGUGUACAUUGGAUCGCUAGGACACGGAAAUGGGAGUGUUGACUCAAAAAUUGAUGAGAUUUUCAACAAAGGAGCCCUUGGAUCGGUGUAUAUUUCGUUCGGAACUGUCGCUCCGUUUGAUUACUUACCCAUUAGAAUAAAGAGAUCAAUUCUAACUGCAGUUCAAGGACUUCCCGACUAUCAUUUCAUUAUCAAAAUUCCAACGACUGACACCACGACGGCCCAACUGUUCCAAAAUGUGACCAACGUCGACUUGCUUCACUGGGUACCGCAAAACGACGUUUUGAAGCACCCCAAUUUACGAUUAUUUGUUACACAUGGCGGGAUGAACAGCGUGCUCGAAGGUGCGACGGGCGGAGUGCCGAUGCUCGUAAUGCCGGUGUUUACCGAUCAGUUUCGAAACGGCAAAAACGUUGAGAGGCGUGGUAACGGCUUGAUGAUUCGACGCGAGGAUAUUGAAGAGACGACAUUCCUUAGCAAGAUGAAGCUUCUAUUGGACAAGGAGCAAUACGUCAAAGUAGCAAAGCGUAUUGCAAAAAUGAUCACCACGAGACCAUUCAUUGGCGAGGAGCGCGUCACGAAAUGGAUUAAUUUCACCAUUCGCUACGAUUUGCAUGAAAUCUACGACUUGACCGCCAACACCAUGUUCAACAUUCAAUAUUUUCUUGUUGAUAUCAUUCUUUUCUUUUGCAUUUUCAUUCUUGGAACUCAUAUUUUGAUUAAAAUUAUUGCGCAAGGCUAUAAUUGA